CAUUCAGCAGUAAUGCGAGUAUUAUAUAAAUCGCUGGUUUUGCAGUACGUAAGUACACAUAUUUUUAAGAUGUGAUUGAGACAUAGACCCCAAUAUCAUGUGUUGUAUUACAUAUAUUUAAUAGUAUUUUUACCGUUUUGACUCUUAAAGUAAAAAAAUGAAGCUUGACGUGGUUAGAAGAGUAGUUUCUGCUAUAUUAUUUCGCAUUGGUUACAAUGUAGGAUGCUAUCCCCAAAUACACAUAGCAAUUCUCUUCAUAUUUUCCCUGGUGUUAGCAACAGGAAUAUUACGUGUAUCACCUACAAAGGAUGCAGAAUAUCUUUAUACACCAAGCGAUGCAAGAAGUAAAGUAGAUAGAGCAGCAAUCGAAUCGAUGUUUUCCAUAAACACGUCACAAUGUGAUUACAGAAGAUUAUCUAGAGCGGAAGGAAUGGCAGUAAUACAGAUAACGUCAAAUUAUGAAACUUCCAUAUUAGAAGAAUCGAUAAUUGAGGAAGUCAUCAAACUUGACGAAAUCAUUAAAAAUGUCAGUUUUCUGUGGAAUAACGCAUUCGUUCGUUACGAAGAUUUGUGUUGUAAGGCAGACGGAAACACUUGCCACGAGAAUUUUGUUUUGUCAUUGAAAGGAAAAACGAAUGACAUAAAAAAAGGAAUGUACAAGAUCAAAUAUCCAGCUGAUAAAAUUGAUGGCAAAUUAGUAAUUUCCGGUUUCGAAUUCGGAGGUGUCACAGUAGACGAGGAAAAUGUGAUUCGAGGUUCCAAGGCAAUUAGACUGUAUUAUCCACUGGACCAUGCCACAGAAGAAACGAAAGAAAUGGCACUAAUGUGGGAAAAAACUUUUCUAGAAACACUGUCAAAAAUUCAUAUGAAUAAUAUCGAAAUUUACAAGUUCGUUAGUCAGUCUGUCAAUGACGAAAUUAACCGAAAUGGAGAAAGUAUUUUGUUUCUAAUGGUAAUUGCUGCUCCAAUCAUGCUGAUAUUUUCGGCAGUUUCUUGCUUAUCGACUGAUGCUCUGCGCAGUAAGCCAUGGUUGGGUAUCGCCGGUUGCGUGUCACCUUUCUUAGCGUCUGUUUCAGCAUUUGGACUACUGAUUUACAGCGAAGUUGAAUAUUCUACUGGUAACGUUAUGAUUAUUCCCUUGAUAUUAGGAAUAUUACGUGUAUCACCUACAAUGGAUGCAGAAUAUCUUUAUGUACCAACCGAUGCAAGAAGUAAAGUAGAUAGAGCAGCAAUCGAAUCUAUGUUUCCCAUAAACACGUCACAAUGUGAUUACAGAAGAUUAUCUAGACUGGAAGGAUUGGCAUUAAUACAGGUAACAUCAAAAUAUGAAUCGUCCGUAUUAGAAGAAUCAAUAAUUGUAGAGGUCAUCAAACUUGACGAAAUCAUUAGAAAUGUCAGUUUUCUGUGGAAUAACGCAUUCGUUCGUUACGAAGAUUUGUGUUGUAAGGCAGACGGAAGCACUUGCCACGAGAAUUUUGUUAUGUCAUUGAAAGGAAAGACGAAUGACAUAAAACAAGGAAUGUACAAGAUCAAAUAUCCAGCUGAUAAAAUUGAUGGCAAAUUAGUAAUUUCCGGUUUCGAAUUCGGAGGUGUCACAGUAGACGAGGAAAAUGUGAUUCGAGGUUCCGAGGCAAUUAGACUGUAUUAUCCACUGAACCAUGCCACUGAAGAUACGAAAGAAAUGGCACUAAUGUGGGAAAAAACUCUUCUAGAUACACUGUCAAUGAUUCAUAUGAACAAUAUCGAAAUUCAUGAGUUCGUUAGUCAGUCUGUCAAUGAAGAAAUCAACCGAAAUGGAGAAAGUAUUUUGUUUCUAAUGGUAAUUGCUGCUCCAAUCAUGCUGAUAUUUUCGGCAGUUUCUUGCUUAUCGACUGAUGCUCUNUGA